CUUCCCAAAUGUAUAAGCCCUUUCUUGCGAUGCUUGAUUAACAAGGAACGACCUAAUUUAAUUCGCUUUCUGCUCCGUUGAUUCUCUGCUUUGUUGAAACUUUGAAGAAUCUCCUUCUAAACAAUUGACGAGGUGAAUUGUUCUUCUUCUUUUCACAGUUCAUCUCAAAUUCAACGCCAUUCAACACAACGUUAUUUAUUGUUUCUCUCUAAAUGCCAAGUUGGGUGGAUAUCGGGUCAAUGCAUUUGUUUUCUGAGAGAAUUUUUGAAUUCUCUGAUGGAGUUCUUAAUGGGGAUCGUGUGCCGGUUGCUGUUUAUGAUCUUUGAAUUAUGGAAUUCUUGUAGCGACUGAUUGGUCUUGCCGGCUUGAAUUUGAACAAAUGUUUUUUUAACAGUAAUGAUCACUGAUAAUCCUUCCUAUAGUUAGUUUAGGUGCAAUUGAAUUAUAUUCUGUAUGCUGCUGCAUUUGGAUUUUGAUCUCUUAGGGAUACUUUUGUGAUGAACUGCAUAAUUUUUCUUUCUUCUUGCUUCUUGCUUCUCAUUCUGGGUUGCUCUUUAAGUUCUAGAUGUUCUGAUGUUUCGUUCCUUCACUUUUUUAUUUGUCUGCUUUUAGCUUCCGUGUUCAUUUGACAUCGAUAAACAGGGGAUGCUAUUCAUGAUUUUCUUCGACCAAUAUUGAUGGAGAAGAGAUUUGUUGUCCCACAUUAGUUGGAGAGGAGAAUGAAACAUUCCUUGUAAGGGUGUGGAAACCUCUUCCUAGUUAAAGCGGUGACUAGAGCUGUUACAUUUGUUCACAAAUAAAUACAAACCUCAGGUGAUAUGGAUGAUGAGCAAACCAAACAUGAUGGUUUGACAUUGUUCUCACGAGUACCUUUUUCAAGAAGGAAGAGAAAGAGAAACGACAUCGAAAAUAUAGAUGGGAUUAGAAAGAAGCAGAAUAAGGGUGUGAAAACAGUUGAGCAAGAGAUUGAGUCAGUUGAUAUGAUCUCGGAGUUGCCUGAAUCUGUUAUUCAUCAUAUCUUGUCAUUCAUUCGAAGUGCAAAAGAGGCUGCUCGAAUGAGUAUCCUGUCGAAAAAGUGGAGAGAUGCAUGGAAGUCUUUCUCCAUAUUAACAUUUGAUGAACAAAGCUUUCUCAAGACAGAAGUCAAUCUUGGUAGUGAUCAGCGAAGGCAGAUGUUUAUUAACUCCAUUGAUAACUCCUUGCUAAGCCACCUUACACGAAACUUUGGCAUUUACAAGCUAGUGUUCCGUGUAACGCCAAAGCUCAUCCUGUAUUUGAAUCGGUGGGUUGGCAUUGCGGGGUCAAAUGGUUUAGGUGAGCUAGAUAUCCGUGUUGAGAAGUCACCCAGACAUUACAUUGUGCCACCAUUUAUGAACUCUAUCAAGACUCUAACUGGAUUGAGAUUGCAUGGUCUUAAAUGGUCAAGUUUUGCAGCUUUAGAGUUCAAUAAUUUGCGAAAGCUGUAUCUCCGAAGACUAUACGUAGAUCAGCAGAUGAUCGAGAAAUUGGCGUCUACCAGUCCUUUAAUUAUGGAUUUGAGAAUUGUAGAAUGUCGAGGAUUAAAAAAUUUGCAGAUUUCGGGUUUUCGAAAGCUUGAAAGGGUUGACAUGUAUCAAUGUCAUGGUCUAAGAAGGGUUGAGCUCCAAGUUACUAGUCUGAACACAUUUUGGUUUUGUGCAAAGAAUUCAUCACGUUGUAAACUUAACUUAGAGUCCUGCACAUCCUUGAAGAGGUUGACAUUAGAGAACCCAUCUAUGACAGAUACUUUCCUUAAUAAGCUACUUUUCAACUUUCCAGUCCUCGAGAAAUUGAUACUCAGCAGAUGCAACAAGUUAAAGCAUAUUGAGAUAUCAAAUGUCAAGCUCCGGAGUCUAGGCUUGAGAAGUUGCAACAAUCUGAAAAUUGUUGAUAUUGGUACUGUAAAUCCUUGUUCAUUAGACUAUAAAGGCCACAAUAUGGUUUUUAUGCUCGGUCAGUUGUGCCUAAAGGAGGCAAAUUUUUCUUUCGGUUUGAAUGAGAGAGACGGUGCAGCUGAUAUUCCGUGUCGAAAUUUAGUCAUCCAUUCUUUUCUUCAAUAUUAUUGUGAAGGUUUUACGAUCAUCGUCUGGUUUCAUAAGAAUAUUAUAAUUCAUGACGAGAGCAAAGACAUCCUCCUUCCUCCUCUCCCCCAUCUCAAGCUUCAUGUAAUCAAGUCAUCUACAGAUCCCAAAGAUUUAUUAGACGGUUUGUUGACGACAUGGCACCCGGAGAGGAUAAUCGUAGUGUCAUCUCCUAGCAGCGAUGUUCCAAAGGCGUUGCACAAAAUAAAAGGAGUAGCGGACCCAAGCUGCUGCGGCUGCAACAGUUCAAACAGAAAAUGCUGGUGCCAUUUCUUGGAGGACGCCAAGAUUGUGAACAUUGCAGAAACUGAAGGUCUAUCAGGUCAGUUUUAUGGCCUGAAAUUGCAGAAUAGGGUAGACCAAAUAACUUGUAUGCGGCUACUUUGGGAGCCUUCUGUGCAUUUUGGUAAAAGCAUAGGGUCUGAUUCAUCACCAAACAAAAGACAGUGAUGAAGGGCUAUGAAGAAAUGUUUCAUACUAAUUAACUUUAGAGUUAUAUUUGCUGCUUGCUUGGUAAUCUGUAUGUAUUAUGUACUAUGAGUUCAAAUUUCUUUUCCUUUAUAUAAUAUAAUAAGUAAGUAGCAUAACUUCAA